AUGGCCCAAAAUAUUUACGACACGCCCGCCUUCUUCAGCUCAUACACCCAACUCCCACGCUCUGUGAACGGCCUAUCUGGCGCUCCUGAAUGGCCUACUCUGCGCAAACUCGUAGGAGACAUCCAUAAUACCCGCGCGUUGGAUCUCGGCUGUGGCCUAGGGUGGUUCUGUCGUUGGGCAGUCAAAGACGCUCACGCCCGCUUUGUCCACGGCAUCGAUCUCUCUGAGAACAUGCUUUCUCGAGCACGCGAAAUGACCAGCGUGGAAAACUUCGGGUUGGACGGUAUUACCUACCAGCGCGCUAAUCUCGAGGAACUUGUGCUGGAUGAUGGCCAAGUGUAUGAUUUCGCAUAUAGUUCGUUGACCCUACACUAUUUGCCAACGGAGGCGUUGAGGAAUUUGCUCGGGGAAGUGUUCAAGUGUCUUGGCCCAGGGGGAAGGUUCGUGUUCAGUGUUGAACAUCCUGUUAUGACUGCGCGGGAGGAUGCGAUGUGGAAAGCCGACAAUGAGGGGAACGUAUAUUGGCCGUUAAAUAGCUAUUGGGACGAAGGACUCAGAGUGACAAAUUGGUUGGUGCAGGGGUUCCGGAAGUAUCAUCGGACAGUGGAGACGUAUGUGUCGAUGGUGUUGGAAGUCGGAUUUGUGGUUACAGCACUUAAGGAAUCAUGGGAAGGGUUGGAGUUGAGGCCGAGACUGCAAGAAAAGGCGGAUGGGCAUCGGCCUUUUUUCUUGAUCAUUGCGGUGCAGAAGCCGAAGGUUCAGUCCUCGUAA